AUGCCCCCUUCCAACCCCUCUGCCUUCUUUUCCAGUCGUUCCCUGUCUGUCUGGCCUUUGAACCUUGUGUUCCCUAUAUACAGGAAGGGUGGAGCUUCUAUAUUCUCCAGAACGUUAAUGAAGCUCCAGUCACAGGGCGAGUCCGUCUCAUCCGAGAGUCUUCCAGGGCCCACCACGGCCCCACGAUCCAGCGUCCCACCCCAUAACCCAACACCCUCCUGUUCACCAACAGAAAAUACACCAAAGCAGGACCUGAGACCUUCGGCAGUUCUAGUCUAGGGUCCUCACUGUGUUACAAGGACAAGCAUGGCUGACAAACUGGGACUUGCAGGUGUGGCGGACGAGCCCAGCGCCCUGAACAUCUUCACUCUGCUGGAGAGGGUGUCCGGGAUCAUAGAUAAUGUGCAGGCGUGCCAGCAACGCAUGGAGGAGAGACAGCUGGAGCUGGAGAACACCGUGAAGAACAUCCAGGCGGAUGUCGUGAAGUUGACGAAGGAGCACACAGCAACGAGUGGCACUGUGGAGAAACUUCUGGAGAAAACACGCAAGGUCAGCUGCCACGUCAAGGAUGUCCGUGUCCGGGUGGAGAAGCAGAAUGUACGUGUCAAGAAGGUGGAGGAAACCCAAGUCGAGCUGCUGAACAAGAACAAGUUCCGUGUCGUGAUCUACCAGGGAGAUAAUGAGGUCCCAGCUGUAGCUGCCCCCAAAGCCUCUCCAAAGGGAGCAACGGGCGGAGACGCUCCCAUAGACCCAGAUGCACCGGAGGCCCCGCUCCCAGACUCAGAUGAGGAAUACAUGGUUGUUGAGGAGGCCGACUCAUCUACUGCUGCCAAACUAAAGAAGACCGGCCUGAAGCGCAUUGAAAGCUUGAAGCAGACCUUCUCGCGUGAGAACAUGACUAAGACCAAAGAGAACCUGGGCACCAAGGUCAACAAGCUCGGUGAGCGCAUAGUAACUGCCGAACGACGUGAGAAAAUCCGCCAGUCCGGGGAACGGCUGAAACAGUCUGGGGAACGUUUCAAGGAAACCAUCACGAAAACCGUGCCAGCAAAGCUGAACCUGAAGAAGGAAAGGACGGUGGCCGAAGGUCAGGAAGGAGCAGAAGGGACCACGGAAGGAACAGCACCUGUCCCACCACCCAAGGGCCGCAAGCCCAGCCCUGAUGUGGCCUACACAGAGCCGACAGAGAAACAAGAAGGUCCGGAUGAAGGCAAGGGCGAGGAAUCGGAAGUGCCGAUGUAUGAUAUGAAGCAGCUUUCUUAAACAGCAAGUCUGACAGUCACAUUUGGGAAAGACUAAUGUACAGAUAUGAAUUAGAUUAUGGAGAACUUGAAGGUGGAAAGAUUGGGAAGAUCAGAGAUCUUGCUUCUGAGUGUGUGGAUCAGUGGAUUGUGCUUGCGACAAUUGAAUGAGCGAAUUGAGGAAGUUGUACACUACAAACAAUAUCCAUAGAGUUUUUUUUUCUUUUGAUUUUCCUGUUUACAUCUGUUAUGGACUAUGAAGGGUUAUGAAUGUUAAACCAAUGUACUGAGAUGACUAGGCUAUGGUUUUUAAUUUAAAUUCAGCUAAAAUUAGGGUGCACUCACUAUUGUUUUGUUUUUUGUUUGUUUUUUUUGUCUUUAUUCUGCCACCAAUGAGUGACACAUCAUGAAAAAGAGAAAGUUUUUGGAAACAAAUACUCUAUUCACAGAUGUGUCCAUCUACAGACACUACAGAUAUAGUGAGUAGUGUUCAGCAGGUCAUGUGAUCCCAAUAUGGCGUCCCCCAUGAUAGGACACCCACUUAAUGUAGAAAACAGCUUUUUGUAAGACAUUGAUGUCUCUCGCUAAAAAUUACUUAGUGCACCUUUUAGGAAUUGCAUAUCAAUUAAUUUACAUUUUAUUUGUUAGGCAUGUGUAAAAUUACUUUAAAUAGCUGAAUUUAUAUAUAUAUAUAUAUAUAUAUAUAUAUAUAUAUAUAUAUAUAUAAAAAAAAUGUACCAAGAUGGAUAACAGAAGUGCAUUUUGGACUUUAUCUGGAGAACUUUGAAUAUAUUCUGGUGUCGACUGACAUCCAGCAUGUCAACAAGGAAUGAGUUUAGAAUUUUUUUUUUUUUUUUUUUUUUUCAAUUUAGAUGUUGUAGCUGUUUUUGGAAUAUAACUUUAACUGUGCAGACAAGUCAUUUAUAACAACAUUUUUCUGUGCCUUUCUGUGUUGUUCAUUUAAACUAUAAAAAACAACUUUUGCAGUCUAACCUUGGUGAUGAACCAUCACUAUUCAGCUGUAGUAUUUUUAAAUAAACAUUUUAACUCAA